AUGCGAGGCGGGGAGACUUCCUGGUUCACUUCGCAGGAACCGGGUACCGAGACCAGGCCAUGGCACCGUGGCUGGACCAUGCCGAGAACGCGACACUCCCAAAAGUUCUGUGUUGUCACGCGUAUACAAUGGGGCACCCCUGACUAUGGCUUCAGCGAUUCUACACAGGUGGUUAUUACCGCUGGCACUAUCACUGGCGAGUUGACACGCACGGCGGCAACGUGA